GUUGUUAGAAUAUAGUUGGGGAUUCAAUAAAUUUUAGAAUGGAUCAUCCAAGGUAUUUCAAAAUAUUGGCUGAUCUUACCCAUUUCUACACUGACCACCGAUCCAGUUGCCACAUAUUUGUGAAUGUGGAUAAAAUGAAGGUGGUGAAUGACCUGAAAUUGCACAUCACAAAGCUCUUCAACAUCUCGAACUUUGAUGUCAGAUAUAUGCAUCACCAUUUGCCAGAUGCAGAAGAUAUUCGAAUUCUGAAGGAUGGAGACACUGUGCAUUUGAUUAAAGUAAACACAGAUAAAGAGAGAAUUGAGCUGGUGGAGAAUGAGCAGAAUUGCAUUCAGGAGAAGCUGGUGAAGAAAGUGAAGAAAAAGAAGAAGAAAAGUAAUAAAAGCAAUAUUGGGGAACCUGUGGAUUUCUUUGAGUUAACACCCAACAGCACUUCAUCUCCAAACAGUAAAGAGGAAGAGGUGAAUUCUGCACCAAUCAAUGGGAAUGUUAGUCAUGAUUUGAUUGAGAAGGUGGAUUACUUUGAGACAUUGGAGCACAAGAAUAAAAAACGGAAAUUGGAUGAGGCCACACCCAAGAUGUUGAGGAUGAACAAGACCUAUCAUCCACUGUGUAGACUGGAGAAAACGAGCAACAUUGUGAAGACGAUAAUAGCUUCGAAACCGUCAGACGGUAAGAAGAUUUCCAAUGUGACGAUCGAUAUAAUUCCUUUUAAAGCAAAUUCGGAAUCGGGGAAUACGACUAUGCAGUUGGAGGAUAAAAUUGGAGAAGAGCAACAAUCGUUCAGCGCUGAAGCUAAAAUGAUGAUUUGCCAAACGCCUCAAUCCAAUAAGGACGAGGAAAUGCAGGAAACGCCGUGUAUUAAUAUGGAACAGGAUAUGCAGGAAACGCCGAUUAUUAUCAAUAAGGAACAGGAAAUUUGCGAAACGCCAUCGAAUAAAGACAAAGAGCAGGUGGAGGAGAAAGAGGAGGUGUUUGUUAAUACGUUGAACGUUAAUUUAAGUAAAUCGGAACUGACGGACAUCUCCGAUUUCAAUACGGAUUCGAUGAUGGAGAGGACCGAAACCAAUCGAAAGAGGAAACGCGUCCGAAAGCGAAAGAAUUCUAAGAGACUGGAAUCUUCCAGCUCGGAGAAGGAACAACCCAAGGUGCUUUUACCUUUCAAACCACCAAACACGCAAGGAAAACCAUCCACUCACAUCAAAUUCGAUGAUAUCCAGGAUGAUAUAAUAUUCAUAGAUUCGAGCGUGAGCGUGUGCGAGCAGAAGAACGACGAGGCUGAAAAGACUAACAUUCAGUCAUCCACUACAAUCUCGAUAGCGGAAUGCAACAAUACUGCUGAGGAUGUUAACAAUGCGAGCAACUUUUCGACUCCCGGCAAAAUGCAGCCACUUGAGCCGAAACCUAACGAUAAAAUCGUAUUUAAAAGAUUGAAAAUUGGACGCGAUUACUCGCCGAUCCUAUCCGAGUCUAUAACAGGAAUCGUCGAAUCGUUCAACGGGACUGAAAUCAGUUUGAAUAUAAUUGAAGGUGCAUCGGAGUUUUUGAUGCCUGGUGGUAAAUUUAACAUGACCGACCAGGAUGAGCAGCAUCCGCAGUUAAAGAAAACUCUGGAAUGGGCCGUUCUCAUCGAACCCAUCAUAAAGCGUAAUUGAUGUGUAUAUUUUCUAUUGAAUUUGAUUACUAUGUUUAUUUCUACAAGUAAAUUAUUUACUUUCCUUGACUACUUU